UUACACAAAGCCCGUCGUAGGCGGAGAUACAAUGUGGUAAAAAUACACACCAACGGUUCCUCGCUGCGACUUCCAUCCCUUCUAGACAGGGGCAGGAUGGACACGGUAUCUCUUUAUGUCACCACGUGCAGGUAUGUUAUGCGAUCGGAUCCCAACGAUCCGAGCACCUACAGUGAAUUGUACCGCUACGUCCCUUUCCUUCGCCAAGCGUUACUGUGCUACGUGUGUGGAGGGAUAUUGCAGCGUCCUAUGGGUCCUGUGGAGAAAGUCUGUCAGCAUAAUGUGUGUAAUGACUGCGUCGGUGGGAAAAUGAGGCUUAAGCCACAAUGUAGUUGGUGUAAAGACCAUAAAGCGUUCAUAGAAAAACCACAGCUAAGGAUCGUAGUACAGCUUUUCAAAAAAUUAUGCGAAUACAUUUUGAGCACACCGCUAGCGGAGAAGAUAGCCGCAGGGAGCGUGAAUGGAGAGAGUAAUUCUUUAUUACAAAUCAUGCAAGAGGCGGUGGAUUUUCGGGACGAUUUGUAUAGCAAUGGCGAAUCUCAGAAGAAAUUGAAAGAAAAUGGACCACCGAAGCUAACCAAGAUAAACAAUAACAAACCCAGUAAAUCUCACCUAACGCAACGGGGACGAAAGCCGUCGUCUCAACAGUCGCAAUCAGCGCAGCCUCCGUCACCGUCGCUCUCUUCUCCAACGGCGGACAGCACGAUUGUCGCUCCAACAAACGACACGAACUCUGUUAACACUGCCGAGCAAACUGUCACAUCUAGCAGUACUCUGUGUGAGGGGGUGGUUUUAUCAGGUAGUCCUUUACAACAAGAUGCCCUGGCUACAGUAACCUCAGCGGGUCCGGCUGAAGGGCAAGCCGCAACGUCGAACCACCACUACAGCGUAACUCUAACCAACCAUGACACCCCCAGACUAAAACUUAAACGUAAAUAUCCCACAGACGAUCACUCCAGUAUGAUUAAAAAAUACAAACCAGACAGCGCGAUUACUUCAGGUAAUAAAAAGACCUCGUCAAAAAACCAGAACGCCGACGCGAAGAAGAAGGGCUGCCGGUGCGGUAACGCCACUCCUACACCGGGCAAGCUGACGUGUUACGGUCAGCGGUGCCCGUGCUACGUGCAGCGUGUCGCGUGCACAGAGUGUCGAUGUCGCGGCUGUCGGAAUCCAGUAAAACCCAUCAAAGUUGAAAUAUCUGAAAACUUAGAGGUAGAAGAGGAGGAAAUAAGCGUUGUAUGAUUACUUGUAGUUGCUUUGUAACUUAUAUAUUCCACAAUAUUUGCUCCUCCGCUACAUUUUUUUCAUGAAAUAUUUAAUUUUGGAGUAUCUUAUAAAAUUAAGGGAAAAGAAACAUUUUAACCCCAUGUUACAUCUCUUCUCUUUAAUUGUUAUGGAUGUAAGUGUCAACUAGUUUGGCUCGGUGUAGGGUGUGCGUAGGGGUAAAUAUUGUGAAAUGGCUCCUUUAUGAAAUAGACUACGUUUGUUUUUUCGGUUUAUGUGACAUCUUCGACUUGUAUAGAAAAGUAAUAAGGGAUAGUGUUACUAGGAAAACUUUGGUUUUAUUCCAUCGUGAACUUCCAAGAAGUUUCACAGAUUAGAGAUGCAGUGCAUUUUUUGGACAAAUUCUCGUGAGGCUUGUUUUAUUAUUAUAUAAUUCAUUUUUCCAUGUAUUUAAUUGUUUACUUUAUUAUUCUUCGUCUUGACCAAUUCUUGUAGGAUUGAGUGUUUGAACGGCAAUGAGCGGUUGACACAAUGGCAAGUAAACGUGGCCCGGGCCGUCAUUUUCAAAAACAAAUAUGUUUGUUCACAAAUUUUUACUAAUCACUAUUAUGACUCUACGAAAAAUCUGUCUUCAGCAAUUAUGUUUGUAAAACAUUUGAAUUUUAGCGGACAUGUAUGCUGUCAAACUGUACAGGCCUUAUAGUCGGAAAAAGUCCACUCGGAAUAAAAAAUUGAUCUGGUUUCUAUGAUAUUUUUCAAAUUGGGUCAACUGGGGGGGGGGGGGAGGGACUUUUUCAGAAAAUUAAUCCCCUUUUGAAAAAAGCUUGAAAUCCACAAUCCUGCUGUAUUAAGUAGUCAGUAUGCUCCUAUAACAAGUGGUCUACGUCAUUAAUUAUUGCGUAUAGCACAUGUCACGUGUUUGAAGACGUUAAAAAAACGACGAAGAAUUUACUAGCUGAGACUGAUUAUUGAUUGGUUAUUGUAAGGUGUUUUUGUAUUUACUUUGUUAAGGCUACCUCGAAGUUUGUGGUGUUGCUUGCUUGGAUUACGAAAAAAAAAAGGAUAUGCACCGAAAUGAGCGAAAACAAUUGGUAAUUUGCUAUCAAUUUUCAGUCGACGUAAAACUCAGAUUUAAUUUAAAGGGAUAACAACUGUUCAUUUUGGCCAAAAAAAUGAAUUAUCCUGGGGUAAAGAGCAAUUUUUCCAUACUUUCCAAUGGUU